AUGCUGGAGAGGACACGAGAGGUACAACUGGCAGUUAAACAGAAGAAAGCCGCGUUCAGGAAAUGGCUUCGAAACAAGGAGCCUUCUAUUCGCGUGCGAUGUCUGGAGGCACGCAAGGCGGCAGCCACAGCAGUGGCAAAAGCCAAGACUGAUUCCUGGGAGAAGUUC